CUAAGCACCCCAGGCCGUGCAGCUGUGUUCCUUCUCUGCUGUUCUCCCUCUAUGCUCUGAAGAGUUUGGCUCCAGGCAGGGCUGGGAGGAGCUGAAGGAGGCAGUCAAGUUUUGCCCCAAGCAGCUUCCCGGUUUGCUCAGAAGUGCAGUCAGCGCUGGCCGCCGCUGUUCUCGUUUCUUUUGCAAGGAGCCAGAAGGGCAGCCCCCGCCUCCUCCCCCUUCCUCCUCCCACUCCUCCCUCUCCUCCUCCUCCGCCUCCUUUAAUCCCAGGCUUCUACCCCACGUAGAAAAACCCAGCAAGCUGAACUGCUGGCCUUGUAAGAUUCCCCACGGCAACUUUUGCCAAAGGCCAGAGAGAAACAGGACUCUUCGUCCAAGACACAUCUUGGCACAGAGCCAGGGGGCUGGGUGACAGGUGGGAAGCUGCAGGUCAGAGCAAGGCACAGCACCUCUGCACCCAACACCCUCUCCUAAGACCGAGAAGAACACAAGGUUCGGUUGGGGGACUUCAUCUACCAAAGCAGCGGACCCGCAGACCUCGACCUGCCAUCCUAACUAAGAUCUCUCGCUCCCGCCUUGGGAAUGAUGGAAGCCCAGGAGAGCAGCGUCCAGUACAACAGAUGGAGCAACAGCCAGGACGAGGUCAGCAUGAAUAUGUCGGCCUCGGGAGGCUUGGACUGUGAGCGGAUCUGCACCAAACUAUGCACUGGGAAGCUGGGCAUCGCCAUGAAGGUGGCAGGCGGAAUCGUUCUGUUCUGGGUCAUCUUCAUCAUUGGCUACGUCACCGGCUACUACAUCCACAAGUGCAAAUAGCACUUCUCUGAGCCUAUCGGAUACCUUUUUGAGGAGCCCUCCACCUACCCAGAGACCUCUUACUUCCUGGCUCAGACCACCAUGUCAGGCUGGCCCCUGGGGGCACAUGCACCCAUAGAUAUAGACACACAUACACAUAGGGACAGAUACGGACACAUACUGAAUCUCUCUUCAGAGAAAGAGAGAGUGACAGACACAUACAGGCACAUGCUGAAACAGACACUGGAUAGGAGGCAGACAGACAGAGAACACACACACAAAUCUUUCUUCUCCCCUGUCCCAGGAUAGGACCGCAGACCACGCCAUCCACAUCCUAUCCUUCCCCUGCCACAUUCUACCACCAGGGAGAAGCACCACACAGUUACUGAAGCCCAGGACUGCAUCUCCCACUCAUCUCCUCCUUUGUCACCUCUGUGUGCCUCCUCACUGACCCAGACGACCUCUCCUUUGGACCUGUGGCUGCCCUUGACAGCUAGCGGUCCAAGAAAGAUGAGGGAGACCGGGGCACAGUUGUACCUGUCAGAAGCCUUUCUGCAGUGCUGGUUUAUGUUCAGAACUGUAGUCAGAUGCAGUGUUCCUAUGCAGGAUCUACCCACCCUGCCCCAUCCUUUGCAAGAGCAAGACCUAGACAGGAAGGAAACCAUCCAGUCAGGGAAUGCUCUACAGGGAACUCAUCACCGAAGCAGGACUGAGAAUGAGAAUCAAGGCCACUUCUA